CCACAAGGCAGCACCCAUCUCUCGGCGGCUCGCAAGAAUGUUCGUCGCGACUCGCGACUCGCAGCCAGUGAAUAAUAACAACAGGCCCGGCUGCCGUGUACGAUGGAGAGCCACGAUUUGGAGUGAGCUUGCACAAAUUUUGGCUUUUGGCGACUCUCUGAAUAAUCCACGGCCUUGAUUCCCUGAUCAAUACCCGGCGUCGUUCUCAUGACAGUCUUGAUCGCCGCGAUGAUCUUAGGCGGCUCUUGCGUCAAUGUAGCUUCAAAGAAACGCUCCAUAGCUUGCUCCUCUUCCGAUGCCUCCAAUACCGGCCCAGCGUCCGACUCUAUUAGAUGAGAAUCGGUCACUGUCUGAUCAAGAUGUCGGACUUCUAUUUCAAAUCAUCACCCGCGCCGAGCAGAAUCCCGAUGUAGAACACUUGCCUUUUCGAGCGCUCUUUGCUGCCUACGAUGAAGUUCUCGCCGAACAUGGCCCGGACGCUGACCCGGAACAAGCUUGCAUGCGCUUCUUGUUCAAAAUGGGCUCAAAAAGCUUUGGAGCCCAACCAUUGUUUGAUAGAUUCGAAGAUCAUUUACAGCGAAUGGGGAUUGUGCUAUCAUUUGACGACACUGAGCCUGAUCGAGAUCGAAUACACGCGCAGAAUGCCUCUUUCCCAGGACCAGCUAAUGUCGAAGAACAUAUAGAGGGAUUCGCUGAAGACAUAACUCAAAGAUCUAUUCGAAGGAGAGCUUCUUUCAAUUCAAUGUACGAUAUUGGUGAUGAUGGAACGCAGAGACAUACAUACCGUCCGAGCUCACGAUCUUCCAUGUCGCGUCUGGAACUUGGAAAGUCAGAUUUCUCAGAAAUUGAUGAGGAUGCGGUCCAACAAGAUGCCCAUGGCGACUCGGCUAAACCAUCUGAUAGGACUCAAUUGCUGGCACAAUUCCUGGAAAUGGGCCGUCGGCUGAUGGGAGGCUUAGAUCCAUUGAGAGAAACCUCUCAAGUAACUAAAACUCAUACACAGCAGAAACAAACAAACGGCCAUUUAACCUCCUCCUCUUCUUCAUCUCAUGUCCGGAAUGGUUCAGGUAUCUCGUCUUCAAAUGGUAAUUUCUCUUUGGAUAUUGACGAAGACCUGAAUGCCAACGAUAUGAAUAUGGUUGAUGAGAUUGGGCCUAAGCCUAGUCUAUCCGACUUACUGCGAGAUGCAUCAACUUUUGCAAUGUAUCGUAAAAGAGCGACUGCGCGAAGAGUACUCAUACAAUGGCUGGAAAAGGCUGUUCGUGUGCAACAAUCUCAUCGAGACAUGGAGAUAGCGGCUCUUAACAGGGAUCGGGGAACUCUACUUCGCCAAGCGCUUGAUCUUUGGCGAGCAGAGCUUCAAAAGAAACGCGAAACUGCUCACACCGAAAGGUUCUUUCGACACUUAGAAAGACGUGCUGCUAAGGCAAGAGAUCUAUACCUAAUGACAAAGGCUUUCACACAUUGGGCACAACUGACUGCAGACGAAAUAUCCAAAACAUCCGUUGCUCGCGAGCAUAUUUUGCGACUCAAAUAUUUCAAUGCCUGGCGCGAGAUAACAGCAGUCAACGAGCUCAAGGCUCAACGUUUUGCUCACAGAAAGCCACUACAAUUUUGGAAGAAGAAAGUCCAGCAAAUCAAGGAGAAUGAACAUACUGCCGAAACUACACAUGCUACCAAUAUUAAGCUGAAAUAUCUGAGAAUUCUACGAUGGACUGUAUAUUAUCAGCAGCGAGCUCCUGAAUGGAGCGACCAUCGGUUAACCAGGCGGUCCCUUCUUUCAUGGAUUCGUGCUUUCAGGACACAGCGAGAGCGCGAAGCCGAGAUAGACUAUGCUAACAGGCAUGAACUCCUUCAGUCUGUAUUCCAAGCCUGGUCACAAAAAUCACAAGCAGUGUUGACUGCUGAAUGUGAAGCUGAUGCAAGAUAUAACAAUAAACUUCUUGUAAAUGACAUUGAGGUUUGGCAUGCCCACACCCGGCUACAGGCAGCGGCUACGCAUGUUGCUUCAAGGGUAGACACACGAUUCAUGAAAUCGGCUCUUGCGCAAUGGAGAUCACGCGGAAAAUCCGUCCAGCAAGCGGAUGAUUUUAAUCGUUUGCGAAUUAUGCGGAGCGCUUGGACAAAUUGGAAUGACCGAUUACGCUGUUACGCGUUGAAUGCACGCAUUGAGGAACGUUUGAAGAUGGAGACUCUGUAUAAAUGGGUUCUUAUUGAGAGAUGCCGUCUCGCAGAGCGAAUCAGAAACCAACGUAUCCAGAGGGAGAAUUUCUCCGAAUUCAUAAUCACUGCGCGAAACAUGUCAAGAGAAUUGAUUCAGCGAGAGGAUGAUUACGUUAAGAAACGGAACUGUAAUGCUCUACGGUAUCGUUUCCAAUCUUGGAAAAAUAAACUCGCAGUCCAACGACAGAGAGAAUAUGUGGCAGCAGAAUUCUAUGCGCCUCGGGUCGAACAAGAAGCGUUUGUUAUUUGGUCAUCCAAGUACAAAGACAUACAAAAACUGGAAAAAUGGGCACAUGGGGCUCGUUUCUAUUUUUCUGCUACAAAGACUUUAAAGCAAUGGCAGAGUGCUACUGCUGAGGCAUCCAAGAAACGUCGUCAGGAAGCCUAUAUGAUCAUUCGAAGAAAGGUUAAGAUGAAUCUUGCAUCAAGCGUCAUGACCACAUGGUAUCAUAAGUCGCAACAUGUAAUAAACCUAGACCGCGAAGCCGAUCAAGUGAACCAGGAGGCCUUGCAUUCCCAAAAAUCCGAACUUAUUCAACGCUGGCGCGAACGGACUGCCAGGAUUACGCAGGAUGCCCAGGACGCUGAAGUGUAUUCACACCGACAACUCGCUUAUAACAUGCUCAACAGGUGGAUUGAUGUUCAUGAAAGGGUUCAGGGGUUGAGUGAACAGGCUGAUGGGUUGAACUUGGUCCAUGUCUCCGGGCUAGCCUCUGCACAGCUACGCAAACUCAGUCUACGUAUAUUUCAGAUUCAAAGCACAAUCGAAACGGCAGAUUCCAUGCAUGAUCGCAUUCUGAGGAAGCAUCAUAGAAGCAUGCUCCGGCAUUGGAACAACAGAACCAAAGCCCAGCGUGAAGCUCGAGAGACUCGCGAAACUGGCGAGUCAACGGUAUCCACGAUACCCGAAAUUACAUAUCUAGAGCCUACUACUCCUGCUGCGACAUUUAUUUCCACAAUUCUUCCCGAAUCAGAGCAUACACUCAAUUUCACCGACCUCAUGUCUCUGCCAGAACAUCAAUUAGCUUCAACAACCCCUAUUGCUACGCCUGGAUACCUAGCUUCCCCUUCAAGACGAGCUGCGAGGGCUCGGAUGCUCGCUCAAAUGUCUACAACACCUGCAACGCCACUCUACACACCUUUCGCUAGCCGUCUCCGAGCCGCUAUGGGCGGUGACCAAGAAAGCACCGCUAGCAAACUCGAGGGCCGACAUAACUCGGUGGGCACGACGGUUCGUUUUGCCAUACAAGAGCCUGAAUCCCCAAGUGAAGGACGGAGAUCUACUAGACGAGAGGGGUGAGGCCUCUGACCACUCUCUUCCACAUUAUAGACACCCAUCACCUCUCACUUGAUCGUUUGAACAUAAUCUAGUCGACACAGAAUAUUUUCUUUACUUACCGUGCAUUUCAGUGGUUUGUAACUUGUGGCGUUUGUGAUACCCCGGCGAUUGCAUUUGCAGUGUUACUUUGAAUAGCUACUGCGUUGGCUCUGGUUUGAUUUAUUAUGUUGGGUUGGAUGUAUCUCACUUCCCUUACUUGCUUUCUUGGAUAUGAAUUACGAGUGAGAUGAUUAACGAGAAUCCACUAAAGGAGUAAGCAGAGUUGAGUGGAUUUUGAUGCUCGCUAGCCUAUUGUAUAUUCUACUGCAUGUAGCAAUUACUCAUUGUAUAGAUUCAAUUAAUCGAUAGACGUUCAAUCUACUCGGACGUGCCUUGUAGAUUCCGCACGUGCUACUUUAAUGUAAUUAGAUAGGGCGAAUCGGAGGAUUCGUAAGGGACUCGGGUCUCAGUCGACAGAAG